AUGGAAAAUAGAGGAGCAAUAAAUAGCCUGAAGCCAGAAGUUGAAAGUUUAUUAGCUUUGUUGAAUGUUGCUGAGGAAAUAUUAUUUUCAUUUCCUCUUCCUACAGAAUUGGUAAACAAAUACGAGUAUAUACGUGAACAAUCUUUUGAAAAAGCCUGCUUGCUUCAUUCCGCAGCCAAAAUCUGGGCUUUGCAGGCUGAAGCUCACUCUCGAAAUAAAAAUAAGCCAAAAACUGAUAAUGAAGUGCAAACUGAUUUUUCAGAUAUUUAUAGUUUUGAUGCAGAUGAGAAUGGAUUUUCGAUAGUCAAUGGAAUUAUUGGCAAGUUCACGAAUGCUCUUGACUCAAGCACAAAAUUUAUCAAUGAAGUUAAAAAGAGGGUUUAUCAAUUAUUAGACAAAGACCAACGUGCAUCAUUUCAGAGCUCAAGUUGAUAUGAGAACGAUUCACCUUUAAAAAUAGAUGAUCUUGCUGAUAAAAGCGAUGGAAAAUCUUUAAAGAUGAUUGAAGAAGAAGCAAAUUAUAAAGUCGGAGCAUUUUCUAGCUGGCUUGAUAAGUCAGAAAUCGAGGUUUUUAGUAAAAUGGACAAGGCAAUUGAAAAUACUCUGAUUUUAAAUGCAAAUAUUCAGAAUUUAGAAAAUGAGUUAGGAAAAAUAGUUGAUAGAUAUGAAAACGAAAAAGAACAAAUAGAAAAUGAAUUUAAUAAAGAAAUUUGCAGGCUUCAAGAAGAAAUACGAGAAAACGAAGCAAAAAUAAAAGAAUUAAAAGAAAACUUGGCUAAAAGCAAAAUAAGGAGCUUUGAAGAGUCCAGGAAAAUUUAUUCUGGUGAAGUUGAAAAAUUGAUCAAUGAAAAAGAAGUUUUUGAAGAAGAAAAUGAAAAAUUGAGAAGCGAACUUGAAGAAACUGCUAAAAACUUAGAAGAGAAAACUAAAGAAUUAGAGCUUAGUUAUGACCAAAUAAAACGGUCUUCAGAUGCAGAGAUUUCUGACGCAAGAGAAUCUGAGCAAAAGUUGAGACAGCAAAUUGAUAUAUUAAAAAGCAAAUGAAGCUAACUAACUAACUAACUAAUUAAUUAUAACGUUUAACGUCCACUACGGGGUAGACUAUCCCAGACCCGCCACUUGCCUUUCGCCGCAUCGGGCCCACGAGUUGCUGGCCAAACCCGUCUCGAUCACCAAGGUGCGCCUAGGGCAAAUGUCACCGGCUUCGACGGCUCAUGAGUGAGCUACUGCAUCUGGACAUGAGUUGCCUUUCCGAAAAUCCAAAAAAUGGAUUUUCGGGUCGGCUCUCGGCAAAAAGGAAAAACACGCAGCCUGGGACGUAACGCCCAGUUUCACGCUAGGGAGUUGCCCGAUUGGUCCUUAGGACUCUGCUGGGCUUCCCCUUUCCAACUGACGUGCCCUCCUUCCCCACGAGGAAAAAACCAACCCUGAGAAUAGACUAGGGCUAGGCUCUGAACGCAACCAGAAUUGCUUACCUAGCAUUUCUGUCUCUCUCUGAGCUGGCAAAACCUUGCCGGAUAUAAUUAAAUAUGAGUCGAGGCUGCAUGGCCGGGAGGCCAUGCCCAGACGAAGACGCCAUAUUUAAUUAUAAAAAAGCAAAUGAAGCAGCCGAGAAUCAGAACUCACUAAAAUAAUGCAAUUAAGCUCAGAAAAAGACCAAGAAACAAUAAAAGAUCUCAAAUUUUCAAAUGAUAAGUCUAACAAAAAAAUAAAAGAUCUUGAAGCAAUAAUCGAUAUUGUGAAAGAGACUUCCUUCAAUAUUUAUCAGUGCUUUAAUAUUGCAGUUGGUGAAGACUUUUACCAGAAAAGGCAAGAAAUAACAAAAAACUAUUUUUUUUUACAAGGAGAUGAUUUGCAGUUGAUUAUUGAAGUGGAAUUUAUGGGAUAUCUUAUUUACCAGUUAAACAUAGGCAAUGGGCAAUUAAUUGAAAAAAUAAAGUCUCUUGAAACUGAAAAUCAGCAACUCAAAGAAAUUAAAUCUAAAAAAGAUGAAAUGAUUCAUGGAAUUCUUCAUAAUUAUGAGAAUUCUAAUAAGGCUUUGCAAGAUUUUAACGAGUCCAGAAAAAAGCUUACAGAGCAGUUUCAAGACAAACCUCAUGAGUCUUUUAAAUCUCCUAAAGGAGGCCAAACAUUUAUGAAGCUUUAUCAAAAAUACCUAGGCGAAGAAAGUAGUUAA